GUAUUUUGAGCGUUUUUCAAUUACAGUGAAUACCCUACUUUUUAAUUUGAACUCAUUCAGCGACGUUCCACUCAACCCUAACUCUGAAACUUCCUUCCUCCACCGGAAAUCAGUCGCCGUUUUUCCCGCUAAAACGCAGACCCGCACAGUCGCAUAUUUCACCUGACAUCUCCAUCGUCCUCGCCACCGCUCACCGUAUUCUAUCUGUUGCCUGCUUGCUUUCAAUUUGUUCUUGGCUGGCACUUGAUUAUUUUCUGGAUGCACCACUGAUAAGCUGUAUCUGUAAGGGGUUUCAAUUAAAUUUCAACUCUUUUGAGUAAAUGGGGAAGCGUGGGAAGAGUCAGAAGAAAGGUCCUCAACAUUCAAAGAAAAUUAAGCUGCAUAAUGAAGAUGUAGACUUCAAUAAUAUGGAUGACGAAAUUGAUGCUUUUCAUAAGAAAAGGGAUAUAAUUCCAUUGGAUGUUAAUGCUGAUAAUGUUGAUUCUGACGAUGAAGAUGAUGAGCAGCCUAUUUUUGAUUAUGAGGGCGUUGAUGGGGAUGAAGAAGAAGAAGAUGAUGAUGAUGAUGGAGAUGAUAGCAAUCUAAAAGGCCUUGUUGCUAAAAUUGCAAGGCAGCAGAAAUUUUUAAGGGAAAAGUUAGGUGGUCUUGAUGAUGAUGAGCAUGAGGAGGAUGAGGAGGAUGAGAAGAAACAAAAGGUGUGGUCUAGGGGAAAGAGUGCCUACUAUGGUUCAGAUGACGAUUUUGAGUUACAAUCAAGUGGUGAGGAUACUCCUGCAGAGGAAGAAGAAGAGGUAAUAAAAUUGCAGAAGGAACGAGCAGAAACUCUGAGGGAUGAGGAUUUUGGCCUCCAGAAUGAUGAGGAAGAGGACAGUGAUGAAGAGCCGACUCUUGGUGAAAUUAUGGUAAAAGGGAAGCCUAAAUUAAAAUCUUCAAGUGAUAAAGAGGCUGAAAAUGAUGCUGCUCCUAUGUAUGAAGAGGUUGAGAAAGAUUUGAGUGCAUUAUCAAGGGAUGAGCUAAUGGAUGUUGUAUAUAGUUCUGCCCCAGAAUUAGUUGGACUUCUUGCAGAGUUAAAUGAUGCUACCAUGCAGCUUGAGACCCAAGUUAAUCCCCUUCUUUCUAAGGUUGGAAAAAGGGUGAAUGAUAAAAAAGAAAGAUUACAUUAUUUGGAGGUGAAACAAAUCCUGCUGAUUGCGUAUUGCCAAGCUAUUACUUUUUAUCUUCUUUUGAAAUCAGAAGGAUUGCAAGUUCGUGAUCAUCCAGUCGUAGCCCGCCUUGUGGAAAUCAAGACCUUGUUGGGCAAGAUGAAAGAACUUGAUGGGUAUAUUCCAGAUGGAUUUGAGGGUGCAUUGAUUGAAAAGGCCAAUGCUGCACCUGCUAAGAAGCUAGCUGCUAAGACUAGUGAUAAAUCAUCUGAUCAUUUUGCGAAACUUGGUGAGCUUACUGGUUUUGUGGUUGAUAAAGAACCGUCCAAGAAGGUGGACGAACCAGUUCAAAAGCAGUCUGUGGAAGUUAAUGAAAAGAAACAGAGGUUUAACAAAGGCCAGGAUCAGCCAGUGAGCUCAGAGAGCAUGAAGAUGUUACAAUAUAGAGCCGCACUUGAGGAAAAGUUGAAGCAAAAAGCUGGUUCUGUUGCACCAAAGUCCGACAAUACCCAGAAACACAAAUCUAAAAAGCUUGCUGGAAAACUUGAAACUACCGAUGAUUUUGAUGAUGAUGCCAUGUAUUUGGAGGACACCACUCGUGACAAUAGGCGAACCUCUAGUCUAUCUAGUAAACUCUCUCAAAUUGUUCCUGCCAAGAAAAAAAUGCUGAAGGGGAUUUCUGGUGAUGAUGACUUGCCAGAAAGAGAUGAUUUAGGAGAACGGAGAUGGAAACAUGAGCUCCGAGUCUUGGCUAGAGCUGGAAUUAAGUCAAAAGAUGACGAUGAUGCUCAACUUGAGAGUGAGCUAGCAAGUUCAGGCGGUGAUGAAUCAGGCGGUGACGAAUCAGGUGGUGAAGAAUCCGAAGAUUACUACAAUCUAAUAAAACAACAACGAGAAGCAAAGCUUAAAAUGAAAGCACAAAAGUAUUCAAGAAACCCGCAAGUCCAAUUUGAACUGGAGUCUACUGUUGAUUGUAAACGUCACAUUACCACUCAGAUGGAGAAAAACAGAGGACUCACGCGUGACCGGAAGAAGGAGAUCAAAAAUCCGAGGAAGAAGUACAGGGGUAAGUAUAAAAAAGCCGUCACUCAUCGUAAAGGACAGGUGCGUGAAUACAAGCAACCGAAGUUUAGUUAUGAUGGGGAAACUACCGGUAUUAAUCCUAAUAUUAGUAGAAGCAUCAGGUUUUAGGAUUGAUAAAGUUUUGGUUGUAGUAAAGAAAUUUUGUGGUUCGGACUUUGGCUUUUUUGGAUUUUGGCCCUUUGGGUGGAAGAGCAUAAAUUCAUUGUAAGUUAGUAAAGAAUAUUUUUUUGACUUGUAGCCUGUAUCAGUACUACACCAAUUUACCAUUUAAAUUAUGAUUUACAAAUUA